UUUAUAGGGAGUAGGAACACUCUUUUCUCCAUCCUCGCUCAAAACUCUCACAACAACAACAAUGGCAGCACAAAAUACCAGUCCCAGUUAUCACAAACAACCCAAUAAUCUUUCCUUCUCUGAUCAGCUCAAAACCUACACAAAGCUUGUAAUUUCCAAAUCAGUGUACCUCUUCAUCAUCCCUGCAAUUCUUUGUGCUCCAAUCCACCACCUCUCAGCUCUUUACUUCGACCAAACAACCAUAACUCAGCUCUACAAAUAUUAUGCAAACGGUCGUUGUUCUUUCAUCGUCGGGUUCGUCUCCUUGUCUUCAUUAUUAAUGGGAACCAUAUACAUUUUCACCACAAUCGUGCGUCGUCCUAGAAGGGUUUACUUGGUGGACUUCGCGUGUUACAAGCACGACCCGUCGUUCCUCAUCUCCAGGGAUAGUAUUUGCCGGAGACUGGAGACUGUUGUAAGCCCUGAAAGCACUGAAUUUUGUAGAAAAGUGAUGGAGAAAUCUGGAGUUAGUAAUAAUGUGUUUGUUUAUGGCUGGAACCAGUUCCCACCGAAAUCCGCUUUCGACUGUGGCCGGGGGGAGGCGGAGACUGUGAUAUCCGGAGCUGUGGGUGAUCUCUUGGCGAAAACUGGGGUGAACCCUCGUGAUAUUGGAGUGGUUAUAGUGAAUAUCUCGACGUUCAAUCCAGUGCCGUCACUUUCCGCCAUGAUCGUUAACCGAUACAAGCUUAGAGAUGAUGUGCUGAGCUACUGCUUGGGCGGCAUGGGCUGCAGUGCUGGAGUGAUUGCUGUGGACCUCGCCAAAUGCCUUCUACAGGUUCGACCAAAAACCUACGCCCUAGUUAUGAGUUUAGAGAGCCCAACCUCAAGCUAUUAUGUGGGUGACGACAGAUCAAAACACAUCUCCAAUUGCCUCUUUCGCAUGGGUGGCGCCGCACUCCUUUUAUCCAACCGAUACUCGGACUACCAAAGAUCGAAAUACGAACUCGAGCACACCGUCCGCACCCACCAUGGUGCGGACGACAAGGCCUACACAUGCGCAUUCCAAGAAGCAGACGAUGAAGGAAACCUCGGCCUAUCAAUAUCGAAAGACCUAACGGCAGUUGCAGGAAAAGCCCUGAAAGCAAACAUCGCAGCUCUUGGGCCACUAGUCCUUCCCAUCUCCGAGCAACUCUUGUUCCUCGCCAACAAUAUGGUGAGGAAAUUAUUCAAAAUUAAAGGCAUAAGCCCAUACGUUCCUGAUUUCAAGCUCGCCUUCGAUCAUUUCUGUAUCCAUACCGGCGGAAAGGCUGUGUUGAAUGAGGUGGAGAAGAAUUUGAACCUCACAAAAUGGCAAAUGGAGCCGUCUAGAAUGACGCUUUACAGGUACGGUAAUACUUCAAGUAGUUCGAUUUGGUAUGAACUUGCAUAUGCAGAAGCGAAAGGGCGAAUCCAGAGAGGUGACUGCAUCUGGCAGAUUGCGUUUGGAACGGGUUUCAAGUGUGGCAGUGCAGUGUGGCGUGCGUUGAGGACUAUCGAUCCUGCCAGAGCGGACAACCCCUGGAGCGAUGUCAUUGAUCACUUUCCCAUCAACGUCACCAACUGAGUUUGUACUUGUAGUUUAAUUAUUUUGGAAAAGUCCACAGAUAUAUAUGACCUUAUGUUAUAAAUUGGUGAAAUUGUGUAUUUCGUAUUUUAUGUAAUUAUAACUGAGGUGCAAAACUUAUAGCACUUGUGUUUGAGGCCUUGUUUUGAUAGAUUGGAUUAAACAUGAUAGGACACUUUCAUGCCUAAUCCAAUAUAUAGUUUGGUGAUUAUAUCCCAACUAAUAAGGGAUUAGAAAUUAA